UUGUGCAAGUUGGUGAAACGUGGUGAAAGGCUAAAGCCAAAGCACGAUUCCUCUGUCGAAGCCAUCGUGGCAGGAGGUGUAAAAGGCUGAGUUGAGGCUCUUCUCCGUGCUCCUCGGUCCGUCUGCUCAGUGGUGCUGAUGAGAGGAUUUGAGUCACUUCUUUAACACGCCACGCCCCCAGUGAGAGAGCAGGGGAUGACAGUGAUGCUAGGCAUGCUUCUGAGGAGCUGCCUCUCCAGACACCGCCGACGGGACCACUGUGGACUGUACUCCCCAUUUACAACUCUCCAUUUGUUGUACAUCUCUCAAAUGCACUUGGGUUUUGUUUAGGAGCAUUUUAAAUAAGAAACACUCCCAAACGUGUUUCUUUCUUUCUUUUUAAUUACACAUAUCCCUAAUUAAUUUGGCUGCAUCUCUCACAAAACUCGUAGUACUCCAUUCUUCCAAAUGCUUCGCCUGCCAGUCUCGUUUUGCAUGUGCGUAUAGCCGCUGGUUUAAGUCUGCGCCCAGGUGAUUUACGUCAAAUGGUUGCAAAGGAAAUCGUUUAUUUCUAGCCUUUUAUAAUUUCUUUAAUAUAUUUUGAAAGCGCGUCCACGUUUUUUCACAAUGGCUGAUGCUAACGCGGAAUGCAAUAUCAAGGUGUUGUGUCGAUUUCGUCCACUCAACCAGUCCGAAAUUAUCCGUGGAGAUAAGUUCAUCCCACUGUUUCAAGGAGAAGACACUGUCAUCCUUGGGGGGAAGUCAUAUGUGUUUGACAAGGUGUUCCCCACCAACACCACCCAGGAACAGGUCUACAGCGCCUGUGCCAAACAGAUUGUCAGAGAUGUACUGGGUGGAUACAAUGGGACUAUCUUUGCCUAUGGACAGACAUCCUCAGGAAAGACACACACCAUGGAGGGGAACCUUCAUGACCCCCAGGCAAUGGGAAUCAUACCCCGCAUCGCUGAGGACAUAUUUGAACAUAUAUUUGCCAUGAAUGAAAACUUAGAAUUCCACAUAAAGGUAUCCUACUUCGAGAUCUAUAUGGAUAAAAUCCGGGACCUAUUGGAUGUGACAAAAACCAACCUGUCAGUGCAUGAAGACAAACACAGAGUUCCUUAUGUAAAGGGUUGCACUGAACGAUUUGUUACAAGUCCUGAGGAGGUGAUGGAUGUGAUAGAUGAAGGAAAGGUCAACCGUCAUGUAGCUGUCACCAACAUGAAUGAGCACAGUUCCCGCAGCCACAGCAUCUUCCUGAUAAACAUCAAACAGGAAAACGUGGAGACAGAGCAGAAGCUGAGUGGGAAGCUAUACCUGGUUGAUCUAGCUGGCAGCGAGAAGGUCAGUAAGACAGGUGCUGAGGGAGCGGUGCUGGAUGAGGCCAAGAACAUCAACAAGUCUCUGUCAGCCCUGGGGAACGUCAUCUCAGCCUUGGCCGAGGGAACAAAAUCCCAUGUGCCAUACCGGGACAGCAAAAUGACUCGUAUCCUACAGGACUCGCUCGGUGGGAACUGUCGCACCACCAUGUUCAUCUGCUGCUCUCCCUCUAGCUACAACGAUGCAGAGACCAAAUCCACCCUGAUGUUUGGCCAAAGAGCCAAGACCAUUAGAAAUACUGUAACGGUGAACCUGGAACUCACAGCAGAGCAGUGGAAGAAGAAGUAUGAAAAGGAAAAAAGAAGAUUUGCCAGAGAUAAGAGCAACACAUUUAGAAAAAACAUAAUAUUUUGUUUCUGGUUUUUAGGUGAAAAUGUUGUUGUGUUGGGGCAGCUGAGUGAAGGACUGGAGAAUGUCCCUGUGGUGCCUCCAGAAUCUGAAGAGCCAGUUCUUGACAUCUGUAGCCCCUGCAGCUCCUGUUCAAUUGCCUCCUCUAUUGUGGUCCACAUCUCUGACGAGGAGCGACAGAAGUAUGAGGAGGAGAUCCGCAAACUUUACAAACAGCUGGAUGAUAAGGAUGAUGAUAUCAAUCACCAGAGCCAGAUGGUGGAGAAGCUGAAGGAGCAGAUGCUUGACCAGGAGGAGCUUCUAGCAUCAUCCAGGGGCGAUGGUGAGAAGGUGCAGUCAGAGCUUAGCAGGCUGCAGACGGAGAAUGAAUCUGCUAAGGCAGAGGUGAAGGAGGUCCUUCAGGCCCUGGAGGAGCUGGCAGUCAACUAUGACCAGAAGAGCCUGGAGGUCGAGGAGAAGAGCAUGCAAAAUAAGCUCUUGGCUGAAGAGCUUGAAAAGAAAAUGGCUCACUUUAUGGCUUUAGAGGCAGAGCUGUCACGUAUCCAGGAAGUGAGCAGCCACCAGAGGAAACGGAUUGCCGAGAUUCUCAAUGGGCUCAUGAAAGACCUGAGCGAGUUCAGCAUCAUCGUUGGAAAUAGGGACAUCAAGUUGCCUAUGGAGAUCACUGGUGCGAUUGAGGAGGAGUUCACAGUGGCCCGUCUCUACAUCAAUAAGAUAAAGUCAGAGGUGAAGUCCAUGGUGAAGCGCUGUCGUCACCUGGAGAACCUUCAGAUGGAGUGUCACCGCAAGAUGGAGGAGACAGGAAGAGAGUUGUCCUCGUGCCACCUCCUCAUUUCACAGCAUGAGGCAAAGAUCCGCUCUCUCACUGAGUACAUGCAGAAUGUGGAGCUGAAGAAGAGACAGCUGGAAGACAGCUACGACUCUCUGAGCGAGGAGCUGGCCAAACUCCAAGCUCAAGAGAGCAUGUCACAGGUGACCAGGGGGAGGAAUCUCACAUUUGUCCAGGAUUGCUGUGAUAUAAAGAGGGCUCUGGAGCAGCAAAUGGAGUCACACCGCGAGGUGCACAGCAAACAGCUUAGCCGCCUGCGAGAUGAGAUCAAUGAGAAGCAAAAGAUCAUCGACAACUUAACUGACUGUAACCAGAAGCAGCAGCUGGAGUUGGAGCAACUGCAUGAUAACUUUGAACGUCUCAGGACCCAAGACCAUCACAAAAGCCGGCAGCUUGAGGAACUGACGUUUCUCCAUGAGAAACAUGAGCAGUCAAAGCAGGACCUCAAAGGGCUGGAAGAGACUGUUGCUCGAGAGCUCCAUACCCUGCACAACCUCCGCAAGUUGUUUGUUCAAGACCUCACGACUCGAGUUAGAAAAAGUGCAGAGAUGGAGCCUGAUGAUACUGGGGGAUAUAUCAUGCAGAAACAGAAGAUUUCCUUUCUUGAAAACAACCUGGACCAGCUUACAAAAGUUCACAAGCAGCUGGUGCGUGACAAUGCAGAUCUUCGCUGUGAGCUUCCAAAACUGGAGAAACGUCUUCGCUCUACGGCUGAGCGAGUUAAGGCGCUGGAGGGUGCAUUAAAGGAGGCAAAGGAAGGAGCCAUGAAGGACCGCCACCGCUACCAGCAGGAGGUGGAGCGGAUCAAAGAUGUGAUGAAGGCCCGCAAUCCUUUCCGCCGGCCCCAUGCUGCACAGAUAGCCAAGCCAGUGCGUCCUGGCCACCUCCCAGUCUGCUAUCCCACCAACCCCUUCUUCAUCCGAGGCUACAGCGAUCACCCCAUGCCCUUCUGCAAUGCUGUUUCCCACAACAGCAACAACCAACAAGCAGCUGCUCCUGCUGCUGCUCCAGCAACACCAAAGCAUGAGCACAGGUCACCCGAGGUCGACUCCAAUCAGAACAGCCCCGUCAAACAUCUGGGAUCCCAGAGCGACGACACGCACGACAGCAGUGAUCAGAACAACGUGUUUCCAGCUGAACCAAGCCAAACGGGCAGCAACACUGCAGAGAUGCUCGAUUCAGAAAAUGGAAACACCACAGAUAUCAAUGACAACAGAACUGACGUCUGCGACAAUCAAGACCCAGCCAGACUCUACAGCCUGCAGCCAGAGGCUUCAGCCAGCUAAUAGUCCUGAGCAGGCAGACGUUUCUUUUGAGGCUUCUUCUCUAAAUCUGCAUGCAGUCGAUCACCGUCCUCCCACACUUGCCUUCCUCUCUCAUCCUCACCUCCUGUAAACAGACCUCUAUCUCCUGUUUCCCUUUACCUCCUCCUGCUUGCUCCGCUCCAGUCCCUUCUCCCUCCUUUACUAUGAUGUGUCGGGUGUAUGUGUGUAUCAGGUUGGUAAGCACUGCAUUUCAAAUGCCUGACCUGGCAGCUUACACCCGUGCUGCUGCUGCACCCACUACCCCAUGACUUGGAAUAAUAAAAAGGGACCACAAAAAAGGGAGCCGGAGGAAAUUGCUGUGGGUAACCACUAGGGUGCGCUGUUUGCCUCAUUGGGGGAAUCACAGUGGACAUAAAACCAGUACAUUUAAUAAUAAGCUGAAUUUAAUCUUUAUUAUUAUUCUUAAACAUGAGUAUGGGUCAGGGCACUCCAAAAUUAAACUGUGUUAAACAAUAUGAAUACAGGGUGAACCUCCGGCUCAUUUUACUGAUAUUUAUGCGUUUGAGUGUGCAUGUUGAUUUUUGUUAUUGGUCAUAAUAAGAAAGCUACUGAGGCAAUGUUGUCGGGAAAUGUUUUAGUAGAAACACCAGUCCAGGAGAGGCUGUUUACAUUUGUGUAAAUAGGAUAGGCAGCCCUAAAAUUUAGUUUUGCUUGAAGAAUAAGAACUGUAAUAUUCUAUAUUGUAUGUUUGGUACUGCCAUUACAGUAAAUACCAUGAGAAGACCAAAAGCCAGUAAAGCCAGUUUUUCUGAUGUACUAAAGUUGGCAAUUAGACUUGCUUUGAGGCUCUUAAAGAUGUUGCAUCUCUCAUCCAAGAAGCUUCUGAUUGACUGGUGGGGAAUCCCAGGUAUCAGUACACCAUGACCUGAUGACAGAAAAUCUCCACGAUGUGUUAGUUUGUCUCUCGGUUUUUAAAACUAGACCGUGAAUAUAUUGUUUCAUUUUUUAAAAGGCUAAAAAAAUUUCUUGAAACAGCUGGGAACUGUAGUUUUUAAGCAAACAGUACUCAAACCAGAGUAAAUUCAUUUGUCAGGGUUAUUUUUAGCCACAUUUGGCGCUCUAGUGAGUACUCCCAGCAACAGGUUGUGGGACUGACACAAAAUGUACUAUAAAAUAUGUUAAGCAGUGCAACAAUGUGGCUCAUUAAUGUGUUUUUAAUAUUUUAUGGGCAAAAAAUAAGCAGUGUCGAAGAGGAGCAAACUGUCUGGUUAUAGUUGAUCGAUUAAUUGUUGGUUUUGGUUUUUUCCUGGAAUUUGUAGAAAAAAUGAAAAAUAUAGAAUAUUACCAGACCUUUUCCUUUAAAGUGCAUUUUCAAUUUUUUUGUCAGUUUCAGUCCAAACUGAAAUCAUUAUUGCUAAUUUCAGUUUUUAUUUCCACCCUAAAACUAUAAGGAUAAUUACAAUAUGAAUUUUUGGAAGCAGUGUCAGUAGUCAUAGUAUUGAAUGUUUUAUCAUGUCUACUGUUAGGUAGACCAACACAAAUCAAAAACUCACACUAAGUUAAAAUACACACAUACUUGCAUUAGUUUAGACUUAAUUCAGCUUGUAUUCAGAUUUCUCACAUUUGACAUUUUUCAAUCAAAUGAAACAAGGAAAACGUAGGUUUACAUAUACAGUAAGUAUCUUUGGUGCCCCCCCUUGCAGGAUUUAUUUCUGAUUCCUAGACUGUAAUACAGUGUGUUCACUUAUUAGAUUAAAAUGACUAUUUAAACAAAUAACCCCUAUACCCAUGUUGGUGUUUUAGAUCUCAGAUCUUGUUCUGUUCCUGGCACCGUCUCACCAAGCACAAGAAAAACCAAAGUGAUAAAUGAGGAAGUUGGAUAAAGCAUUGUUUUAAAUAUAUUACAUAAAUAUUCAGUGGUUAAUCAGUCGCCACCGCAUGUCUGGCUUUUUGUACACAUGACUUCUUUUAACUAGUCUGAAAAGGAAUUUCAUUUCAACCAUAUUUAAAGACAAAAAUACACAAAUUCUGGUUGUUUUUAAAAAGACUUUCAAGCUGUAAAUCAUCCCUAAAACACUGCCCGUCAGGGAUCCUCUGUCAGAUAUUCAGUCAUUGUCAUCGCAAGAGCAUGGCAGAGUGAAAGAAAUAUAACUGUGUAGCAACUAUUUUUAUACUGCUAGUUCUACUUUGAAAUAAAUUAAUUAUUUGUUGCUCUAUAAUUUAUUUGCUAUUUAUGGUGAUUUAUAACUUGAAUGUGAGCAUUUGCGUUUAACUUGAUGUGUAAAUGAUUCUGUUGACAUGCAUUUCCUAUAAUGCGGAAAUGCUAACGCUUUUGUUUUCCAGAGUUGUGUCAUUAAAUGAAAAUGAAUGCACGUAUGCAGCAACUGUUUCAAAAUUAAGUAGUUUAGGAGAUGACUGAUCUUACAGUUCUUUAUGAAUCACCUCCAGACUGUAACCAAAGCCCUAACUGUAGUGAGUCAUUCACAGAAUGACUCUUGCUCUGUAGUAGCCUAUACAUACUCGGUUGGUCACCUGAACCAAAAGUUACUAUAGGUUAUCAAGAGCUGAUACAGCUCUGUCUUAUCCCUCAGACAGACACAGACAAAUAUAGCCCCUUAUUAGUCAAUGACGUGUUUGACCUUUGACCUCAAAAUACAGCUUUAUGACAUAUCAUGUAUGACUUGGUUGCAUUCAGAGAGCUAUCUGAGCAGAUAAGUUGAUUACUGUAGAUUGUCUACUGGCACAAUGAUUAUCAGUCACUCCGCACCAAUUGGCACACUCUUUUUGUGAAUCUCCUGAUCAACCAGUCAGGAUGAAAGAGUUGAGGGUGACAGCGGAGGGACCAUGAAUCGGGCACUCUGUGUGUGCAUUUAUUCUGGAGGAGAAUAGGAGCCGUUUCUACUUAGCAGAUUCUUUUAACAAAGCAAGCCAGUGGCCAGUAGCUUGCAAAUAACAGUGUGAAUAUUUUGUACAUAUGGUAUACCAAUAAAAUACUUUUUGGGUAGACACAGGGGAAGACAUGUAGUGUUAUACAUAACUUUAGUUACCCAAGUAUUUUACUCAUACCCCAUAUAUACACAAUUAUUACACUGUAAAGUACAGACUGAAAUCUAAAGAGGUACUUGAUACAAAUGCAUGGAGCACUUUCUUAAUUCUUUUUCUGUUGUUCUUCACCACAGCCCUUUACUAAGAUAGCAACUGUUCAAUUUGACUGUUUCCCAAGUGUAAAAAAAGGUCAUUGAACUUUGUUAUCACUGGAUUGUAGAUAACCUAUAGAAACUCUGAGUUGAAUGUGAAUGGCCUUUUCUUUAAUCAACAUGAUAUUUGUUGUUUGUGUGACUGAGUGUAGAAUUUAUUUUUAUUAUUAUUCUGUUUGUCUUCUUGUAAUUGUAACCAAUCUGAAAAUAUUCUGGAAAGGUCACUAAUAUGUGAUGAUAUGUAGUUUAAAUAUGCAGAAUUAGAACUACAACAAGAGUGGCUCAGAAAAGACAGAGGCAAAAUGUCUGUGUUUGUUUGUCGAACUGUGUGUUGGUUGGUUUGUUUAUAGCGUGUGGUGUAGUGCAUGCAGUACCCUGUUUUGUAGCUGCUGAGAAACUAUUAUCUCUUAAAAAAAACAUUUCAAUAAAGAUCCACCUAUG